CGAACAGAUCAUAAUCAUGGCCCUAGCAGCAAAACUCAACACCCUGGAGAAAGGACCAUACCUCCCUAAGAUCGACGUUUCGGCGCUUACUAACAAAGAGGGCUACUCCAUUGUGGCAGGGAGGGCAGUAAACACCAAAUACGGAGCGUCCAUCGUCCUAGACAUCCAUGUGCCAGAAAAGAGUGCCGACUUCUGUAUAUUCUUACCAAAGCGGUUCAGCGAGGCGUUGAGUUCAGAUGAACUGAAGGAAAUCGCUGAGAGCAAGGCAUAUCGGGUUCAAUACUUGGGGAUGAGCGGGAACUCUCCGAAUAUAAAAAUUUGGAAACAAUAAAUGUUUGAUAUUUGC